UCAUCAUCAUCUUUACUUCACUUGAACACACCUUUCUCAGGGAUUGUUUGUUCCAGGCGCGUAUUUUCCUCUCUGCUUCUCACAUCUUCCGCAUUGAAAGUUAGAUUGUGUUUAAAGUGGAAAUGAACAGCACCGGGUUCAACCGAACGGAGGGAGGACUGCUCAACACGACCGAGGAGUUAUUCUGCUGCAACUUUUCCUCCGUGGUGACUGAUAACGGCUUCGUGGCCGCCGCUCCGGAUGAGAGGAGUCUCUUCGUCAUGCGGGUGGUCCAGAUAGCCGUCAUGUGCGUUUUGUCCCUCACGGUGGUUUUUGGCAUAUUUUUCCUGGGUUGCAACCUUCUCAUAAAGUCUGAAGGAAUGAUAAACUUUUUAGUAACGGACAGGAGACCGUCUAAAGAAACGGAGGCAGUAAUUGUUGGAGCCUACUGACUGACGAGGACCUUUGGAUUGAAACAGAUCGGAAGUUUGGUGGAGACAGAAUGAAGACAAAUGCUAUGAUCAACUGCCUAAACAAGCCCCUGUUUUCAUAUUGGUAUUUAGAAAAACCUCAAAGGUAAUAACCCUGCUGCUGACUGCGGCUCACAGGUGUUCACCUUAUUCCUUGUGGCUUUUAAAUGCCAGCAAAGACGUAUGCAUCUUCAAGAGGUAUGCGUUUUUAAGACUCUUUGUUUAAAAGUAUUCUAUCAAGCACUGUUGUACUUCGGAGCACCGUGUGUCAUGCAGCAUCCUUUGUCAAGGAAGUGGCAAAGUAUUCGCAUUCGCAGCUUAAAACACCAUCUCAUGUUGCUAAUGCAAGGGAGAAAAUAAUAUUUAAACAUGUACUUUAUGUUGUAUGUGUUUUUGCAUACAAUAUGCAACCUAUUAAUCGGUGUAUUUCUAUGGAAUUUCAUGGCGACAACUGUAUGAGUGUCUACGUGGGCGGUGGAGAGAGAAAAAAGCCCAACAUGCCAUGUAUACUGUUGAUUGGAAUAAAUCUGUUCUGAAAUUAAAGUUUUCCUCUUAA